AUGGAUGCUUCUGAUUUAAAUGUGGGGGUCUUGGUAGUGUUGGCGCGUAGGCUUCGAGACGAUGCAACGGAUGAGAAAAUUAAGAAUAUUGUUUUGCACGGAAUAGCUCACGGAGACGUCAAUAUUGGAUCAGAACAACAUGAGGAAACAUUCCCGAAAGUUUGUCUAUAUACAAAAAGCUUAUGGCUAGGCCACAAACUUGGGAUCCGGUAUGGAAAUUAUGAGAUGCAAAUUUUUGUGACCCUAAAAGCUGUUCUAUGUUUAAAGAAUGAUAUAACAAAUGUUCUUGGUGAUGAAGAGUUUCGUUAA